UAUGAGGUCAUCGGACCAAUUCGGCAAGAAGCACGAUGGAUUGGGUAAGUCCUGCGAAUAAGUCAGGCUGACUCAGGCAUCCACGUCAUGGAGGGACGCUGACUCCGGUCUUUCUCACGUAGUCAGCUGCUUUCUCUUCAUAUUCUUCGCAUCUGCUUUAGACAUUCUUCACUGCCUGUAGUUUCUUCAUUCGAUUGCGCAUCGUCUCGUCUAGUUUAAGCUGAUCGUCAUUUUAUCAUCCAAUAUCAGGCAGUCGACUAUAUACUCACCCCUCUAUACGGUCCUACACCUUCCGAAAUGGACGGGCCAGGCAACCACUUCUAUCCCGAGGAUAAGAAUCCAUUUCGAAACAGGAAGCUCAAUUCCAUGACCCUUGAGCGCCGUCGCUCAAACUCCUCUCCCUCUACAGCUAUCGAGGAGAGUCGCAAUGAGUUCCGCGAGACUCUAAAACAGCAACAUGACAUUCAGCGCCGAAAGACGCAGCGUUCUUCAAACAGCCACAACGGCAAACGUCACAGCCACCGAAGAAACAGGGUUAAUCCUGACGUGAUUGAUCAAUUGGAUAAUGUCAAUUUUAUGCAGUAUCAUCAUGAAGGGCCGUACGAUGCGGUUUAUCCGGAACGGAAUGUGUGUAGUAAGAGGAGUCCUCUGGAGGCUGUGAAGGAUUCGAAUGAGGAGACGCUGCGAGCUACGCCGAUGUAUAUGAUUAUUGAUAGCGUGCAGCGACAUCGGCCGUUGGAUGGUGUUGCCUUUUAUCCUCCGGGGACAACGGAUAAGGAGGGCCAGACGUAUGAGUAUACCGAAGGUGACAAUAUGAUGGCUGAAAGGGAGGGGUUGUUUCCGAGAGUACCGGGAGAGAAAAUCACCGACGAAGAUCUCAAGAAUGACCCAUUUUAUCAGCAAGAUAAUCAGCGUCCACCGAAGCGCAUGGGCAGUUUGCGAAAGGCAUUGACGAGUCUUAAGGGACGUUCCCGGAGAUACUCAGCUACUACUUCGGGUGUAGUCUUGAAUUAGGCUGGAUGCGCGAGUUAUCGGCCGCGUUAUACGUAAUGUUGUUGGACAAUAGACCUUAAUCGGACGGAAUACGGGUGUAUGGUAUAAGAAGAUGGCAAAGGGCGUUGUUGGAAGUUUCAGGUUCACUUAUUGGGGUUACUAUGUAUAUUACUUGGGUUAUUGAUAGACGAAUUGAUGUGUUCUAUUUGUU